GCCGCUGCCGCCACCACCGCUCCGAGAGCAGCGGCGAGAGAGGCUCGCGCGCGUUAAACAGCGCGGGAGAUAUAUACGUGUGUGUAUGACCCAUACUGCCCCCCACCGAGAACGCAAAACUCCACGACGGACUCUCGCCCCCACCUCACCGUCCAGACGGCGGGCCACGGCUGAUGAGUCACUAUAUAAGACAGCAAGGACAAGAAGGUGUAUGUUAGUAUACACUCCAUUCCUCUCGUGGCGAGCACACCGUGUGCGGCGCUUAUUCGGCGGUAACCGCACCAUAUACACGAAGGAUCUCUCUUUUUUCUCUCUCUCUCUCUAUCUCUUUCUCUCUCUCUCUCUCUCUUAUUUUUUACACACGAAACGAUAUUUCGAUCGAAGGAGGAAGUAAUAAACGGGAAUAGAGGAGAGACACUUGUCGAUACUAAAUCGUACUGAUUCGUCGUUGAGCAAUAACGACGAACAACGUCAAAGAACUGCUGCUGCUGCUGCUGCUGCUGCUGCUGCUGCUGCUUCUGGAUAUAGCGCGUUGCACCAGUUGACCGGCAGUUUCUGUAGACGAAUAUCCAUUGUCAGACUUUCGGAUUACAUCUCGCGGUUGCACAUCGAAUGAAUUCAAUUCGUAAAUACAACGAAAGACACAUUGUCGCCGUAAAGGGGCUCGAAGAUAGAAGCAGCAACCAUUUAAAUUGCUCCCGAUUUACUAUCUGUCGAGGGUACGAUAUCGGAAGGGAAAUAUACGACGCACUCAUCGCGAAAAUCCUCACAUAAAAUAGAACAACAUGUUGGUGGAACACGCGGCACAAUGGAUGUGGCAGGUGAUGGGAGGCACUGAAAUCGACGUACUGUCGAGUCUUCUCGUGUUUCUCGGGGUACUCGGUGCUGUCAGAUCCGUACAGUGGCUUAAAUAUCUCAGAACGUUGCCGCCUGGACCUUGGGGGUUUCCCAUUUUUGGCUAUCUACCCUUUAUCAAAGGCGACGUCCAUCUACAGUUCGGUGCGAUGGCUAAAAAAUACGGCUCGAUGUUCAGCGCGAGACUCGGCACCCAAUUGGUCGUUGUACUCAGCGACUACAGAGUAAUCAGGGAUACAUUCAGACGCGAAGAGUUCACCGGCAGACCCCACACAGAGUUCAUCAACAUGCUCGGUGGAUAUGGGAUUAUUAACACCGAGGGUGCGAUGUGGAAAGAUCAGAGAAAAUUCCUUCACGACAAGCUCCGCAGUCUGGGAAUGACGUACAUGGGAGCCGGCAAAAAAAUCAUGGAAACAAGGAUAAUGCGCGAGGUCGAGACUUUAAUGCGUGGCUUGUCCUUGAGACACGGUGCACCGACCGACGUGUCACCCUCACUCGGCAUGUCAAUCAGCAAUGUCAUAUGCUCAAUAAUAAUGGGCGUGAGAUUCAAUCACGGGGAUGGAAGAUUCAAGAGAUUCAUGUCUCUCAUCGAGGAAGGUUUCCGACUCUUCGGCAGCAUCGUGUCGGUCAAUUUUAUACCGAUGAUGCGAUAUUUGCCGUAUCUCCAAAAAAUCAGAACGAAAAUAUCGCGCAACAGGGCGGAAAUGGCGGAUUUCUUUCAAGAAACGAUCGACAAUCAUCGCUCCAGUUUCGACGGUGAAAACGUUCGGGAUCUCGUCGACGCUUAUCUCCUGGAGAUCGAGAAAGCGAAAAAGGAGGGACGGGAAUCGACGUUGUUCCAUGGAAAGAAUCAAGAUCGGCAAAUGCAGCAAAUUCUCGGGGAUUUAUUUUCUGCCGGUAUGGAAACGGUGAAAACGACCCUCGAGUGGGCCGUCAUUCUCAUGCUGCAUCAUCCGGAAGCUGCGAAAGCUGUGCAAGAAGAGUUGGAUCAGGUCGUCGGGAGAUUGAGAAUGCCGGCGCUGGAGGAUCUGCCCUUUCUGCCGGUUACAGAAGCGACGAUACUCGAGAUCCUCCGGAGGUCGAGCAUCGUUCCUCUGGGCACGACCCACGCGACGACCCGCGACGUGAAGGUGAACGGUUUCACGAUACCAGCCGGAACGCAGGUCGUCCCGCUGCUGCACGCGGUCCACAUGGACCCCGAAUUGUGGAGCCAGCCCGAAGAGUUCCGCCCGACGAGAUUUCUCUCGGCCGAGGGCAAAGUUUGCAAGCCCGAGUACUUCAUGCCGUUCGGCGUCGGUCGACGCAUGUGCCUCGGCGACGUUUUGGCCCGCAUGGAACUCUUCCUCUUCUUCAGCUCGCUCGUUCACAACUUCAACAUCGCGCUACCCGAGGACGCGGCGUUACCGAGCUUGCGGGGCAACGCCGGUGUCACCGUCACCCCCGACCCCUUCAAAGUAUGCCUCGUACAGAGGGACCUCGAACUCACUGGGUGCAGCAGCAGCAGCAGCAGCAGCAGCAGCAGCAGCAGCAGCGCGAGCGAGCAGCCGCCGAACCCUCUGAGAAACAUCGGCAGUCAUUGAAAGAAACGUCAGUGACGGGUUUGCUAAUCGUAUCGAUUAGAAACACCGAAGAAUCCUCGUUAUUAUUACUUUUUUUCGUCGACAUGACUCCCAGUCUCCACCCAUCGCUCACGGAGCACGGUAGUUGUUCCUAUCGAUUUCUUUCCGAGUCGGGAAAGAUGAAGAAAGUACGAAAAGUUUUAUGUAUUUAAGUACGCAUAAAUAUUUUUGUAUAUUUAUGACAAGUUCGAGGUGAAAAUAAUUAGAGAAAGAGCUUGAGAGGGAAAGGGAGGGAGAAAAAGAGUCGUCGCUCCCCCGAAUUCGGUGCAAAACUCCUCGGUGAGAGUUCUCCCGUCAGGGCUAAAAUGGUCCUCUCGCCGCAUCGGACGAUCCUCGCGGACCGUUUUUUUUCUUUGCGCCACGGAAAAUCGUAAUUCCCACCGCGCGAGCGCGUUCUCUCUCUCUCUCCCUCGUCGUUUCGCUCAGAGUGUGAACGGAGUACAGAUUUGUUGUGCAAUCAGAUCGAACGCACCUGUUUCUUUAAUCGCAGGACUCGCCGUCGAUCCAAGUCGUUCGCGCUCUCUCUCCCUCUCUCUCUCUCUGCGCGCAGCGAAGUCACGCACGCGCGCCUAGCCAAAUGUGGCAAAGAGUACAAACUUGAUGAACGGAAACAUAGAAAUUUCGAAGAGAACCCAAAAAUUACACGAUUUUUUUCGCCAUAUGUAAAUACCCAGCACUCGCCCGUACACGAGACACAACGAACACACGCUGGCGCACGUACGAAUGAGAAUUUUCAGAACAUUUGGCCCAAAGUGCGAAGCACUUGGACACUUUUCAGUAUCAAACAAUCGUGUGGAGUGUGCCACUCGAGACAGUGAACGAGAAAGAGCAACGGAAAACAAGAAAAAACGAAACACACGCGCGUAGUCAUUUUCAGUAUCGCGAGGAAAAAUUCACCUUCGUUCGUCGCGCAUUGCCAUUGAAAAAUGUUCCCAUCGACGAAUUUUUCCGGCGGUUUUAACAGCGGAAAUCCGAUUGCCAGUUGACUAAUUUUGUAUCAACCGAAUCUCUGGCUUCCGCGAAUUUGUACAUAGGGAUCGAGACAUGUGUGUGUGUGUGUGUGUGUGUGUGUGUGUAUGCGCGCGCGAUCAGAACUCGAGAGCCUCGAGUUCGUCUUACGUAUUUAUGUGUGAACAUUUUGUGAGAAUGAUUACAGCGAGUGUAUCCGCUUCCGUUGGCGCAUCGAGAGAGUUUCGAAAUUCUCGAUAUUCGAACGAUGGAACGGUGCGAAAAUUCAGGUUUCUAUUAUCGAAUCCCGUGCCCGGGUGUCGCGGUGAAUUUUCACUCGCGUCUCGUCAACGUAUCGAUCGAUCUGUCGAGCUUUUACCUGCUUGGAUGUAAGUUGCUACGUACGAGCUCACUUCCGAGGCGUUGUUUCGGUACUGAGAAAUUGCGAAAUAAUUUUCGAACGAUUCUCACCUCAGCUGCCCGAUAUCCGAUGAUAUUUUGGUGGAGGUUAACCGAACAUAAACACGCGCUCACGUCUCAAAAGUCGAUGAGACAUUUAGUACCAACAAAUUUUCUAACUAGGAAUAAAAGUGACAUUUCCUUAACGUAGGUAGGAACAAAGAUUUAUAAAGAGACACAGAAAAAAGGGAGAACGAAAUGACACUCCAAGUUUCUCUCCGCAACGCCGCGAAAAACUCGCUGGACGACUAUGAAAUGUUAAUUUUAAGCACAACCGAGAGUGCGGCUAAGAGGAAAUAAUUAUCCGAGCCGCUAAAAUGUGUUCAUUAGCCGCGAUUCGCUCAACGAGCGCUUUUCGCGUUAUUUAAUAUCCUUUUUUAUUGUACAAACGAACAAAUAAAAAGAAAACAUAUUUUUAUCUA